GUCCUCGCCGGGCCGGGCGGCCGGGCUCCAGGGCCGGAUGGUGGCCGCGGCGCCCGGCUGCAGGUUGUUGAGCAGCGGAUGGGACGGACGAUCGCGGGGACCUGCGGUUCCGGAAGAAGUAUUCAAAUGUUCACUAAAUUGGAGGAAAAGAACAUGGAUGUUUAACAACUGAAAAUCACAUUAAGGAUUCGAAUUUGGGAUAUUGGUGUUUCUGUUUUGAGGACUAUUUCUUUUUGGGUUUUUACUUUUUCUUUUUUUUUUAAUCAUCGGUCUUGGAAUACGGAAGAGGAACCAGAAACACUCAUUGUGACUCUCGUGGGAAACACUCACUUUUGAGGCACUCAUGCCUGACUUCACAACCAUGUGGCCAUCACAGCUACUGCUCUUCACGAUGCUCUUAGCACCCAUAGCCCAUGGUGGCAAGCACAUUGAGAGACAUCCAGCCCUGGCUGCUCCACUGCGACAUGCUGAGCGCAACCCAGGAGGCGCGCUCCCACCCAGACAUCUCCUCCAGCAGCCAACGGCGGAACGCGCCACAGCCCAUCGCGGACCAGGGCCCCGGGGAGCUGCCAGAGGAGUUCGUGGUCCAGGUGCCCAAGGAGCUCAGAUCCCAGCCCAAGCUUUCAGCCGAGCCCCAAUCCCGAUGGCUGUGGUCCGCAGAGAGCUGUCCUGUGAGAGCUACCCCAUAGAGCUCCGCUGCCCAGGAACAGAUGUCAUCAUGAUUGAGAGCGCCAACUACGGGAGGACUGAUGACAAAAUCUGUGACUCUGACCCUGCUCAGAUGGAGAAUAUACGAUGCUAUCUGCCAGAUGCCUAUAAGAUUAUGUCUCAAAGGUGCAAUAACAGAACCCAGUGUGCAGUCGUGGCAGGUCCUGACGUUUUUCCAGACCCCUGUCCGGGAACCUAUAAGUACCUUGAAGUGCAGUAUGAAUGUGUCCCUUACAAAGUGGAACAAAAAGUUUUUCUCUGUCCUGGACUGCUCAGGGGAGUGUACCAGAGUGAACAUUUGUUUGAGUCCGACCACCAGUCUGGGGCAUGGUGCAAAGACCCUCUCCAGGCUUCCGACAAGAUUUAUUACAUGCCCUGGACCCCUUACAGGACUGACACCCUGACCGAGUACUCAUCCAAGGAUGACUUCAUUGCCGGAAGGCCAACCACAACCUACAAGCUCCCUCACAGGGUGGAUGGCACAGGGUUUGUAGUGUACGAUGGCGCUUUGUUCUUCAACAAAGAGCGCACCCGGAACAUAGUCAAGUUUGACUUGCGGACUCGGAUCAAGAGUGGAGAGGCCAUCAUAGCGAAUGCCAACUACCAUGAUACCUCCCCUUACCGGUGGGGAGGGAAAUCAGACAUAGACCUGGCUGUGGAUGAGAAUGGGCUGUGGGUCAUCUAUGCCACAGAACAGAAUAACGGUAAAAUUGUCAUUAGUCAGCUGAACCCUUACACCUUACGGAUCGAAGGGACAUGGGACACUGCAUAUGACAAAAGGUCAGCUUCCAACGCAUUUAUGAUUUGUGGGAUUCUGUAUGUCGUCAAAUCUGUGUAUGAGGACGAUGACAAUGAGGCCACGGGGAAUAAGAUCGACUACAUUUACAACACGGACCAAAGCAAGGAUAGUGUGGUGGAUGUGCCCUUUCCCAACUCAUACCAGUACAUAGCAGCUGUGGAUUACAACCCCAGGGACAACCUGCUUUAUGUAUGGAAUAACUAUCACGUGGUGAAAUACUCUUUGGAUUUCGGACCUCUGGAUAGUAGAUCGGGUCAAGCACAUCAUGGCCAGGUGUCUUACAUCUCUCCACCAAUUCACCUUGACUCUGAGUUAGAAAGACCCCCUGUUAGAGAAAUUUCUACCACAGGACCCUUUGGCAUGGGAAGCACCACCACCAGUACCACCCUUCGCACCACGACGUUGAGUGCCGCCAGGAGUACCACCCCGUCAGUAUCAGGGAGAAGGAACCGGAGUACCAGCACACCGUCGCCAGCUGUGGAAGUGCUUGAUGACACCACCACGCACCUGCCAUCCGCGCCAUCCCAGAUCCCAGCUCAGGAGGAAAGCUGUGAGGCUGUGGAAGCCCGGGAGAUCACGUGGUUUAAGACCCGUCAAGGACAGACGGCAAAGCAGCCGUGCCCCACGGGAACCAUAGGAGUAUCAACGUAUCUAUGCCUGGCUCCGGAUGGAAUCUGGGAUCCCCAAGGGCCAGAUCUUAGCAACUGCUCUUCCCCUUGGAUCAACCACAUCACACAGAAGUUGAAGUCCGGAGAGACGGCUGCCAACAUUGCUAGAGAGCUGGCUGAACAAACACGAAAUCAUCUGCAUGCUGGCGACAUCACCUACUCCGUCCGUGCCAUGGAUCAGCUGGUCGGCCUCCUGGACGUCCAGCUCCGGAACUUGACUCCAGGCGGGAAAGACAGUGCUGCCCGCAGCUUGAACAAGCUUCAGAAAAGGGAGCGCUCUUGCAGAGCCUAUGUCCAGGCAAUGGUGGAGACAGUUAACAACCUCCUCCAGCCGCAAGCCUUGAAUGCGUGGAGGGACCUGACUACGAGCGAUCAGCUCCGUGCAGCCACCAUGUUGCUUGACACCGUGGAGGAGAGUGCUUUCGUGCUGGCGGAUAACCUUUUGAAGACUGACAUCGUCCGGGAGAACACAGACAAUAUCCAGUUGGAAGUUGCAAGGCUGAGCACAGAAGGAAACUUGGAAGACUUAAAAUUUCCAGAAUCCAUGGGUCAUGGAAGCACCAUCCAGCUUUCUGCAAAUACUUUAAAACAAAAUGGACGAAAUGGAGAGAUCAGAGUGGCCUUUGUUUUAUAUAACAACUUGGGUCCUUAUUUGUCCACGGAGAAUGCCAGCAUGAAGUUGGGAACAGAAGCUAUGUCCACCAAUCAUUCUGUUAUUGUCAAUUCACCCGUCAUUACAGCGGCAAUAAACAAAGAAUUCAGUAAUAAGGUUUAUUUGGCUGAUCCUGUGGUAUUCACUGUUAAACAUAUUAAGCAGUCUGAGGAAAAUUUCAACCCCAACUGUUCAUUUUGGAGCUAUUCCAAGCGCACAAUGACGGGUUAUUGGUCAACUCAAGGCUGCCGUCUCCUGACAACAAAUAAGACACAUACUACAUGCUCUUGUAACCACCUCACCAACUUUGCAGUUCUGAUGGCACAUGUGGAAGUUAAGCACAGUGACGCAGUCCAUGACCUCCUUCUGGAUGUGAUCACGUGGGUCGGAAUUUUGCUGUCCCUUGUUUGUCUCCUGAUUUGCAUCUUCACAUUUUGCUUUUUCCGCGGGCUCCAGAGUGACCGUAACACCAUCCACAAGAACCUCUGCAUCAGCCUCUUUGUAGCAGAGCUGCUCUUCCUGAUUGGGAUCAACCGAACUGACCAACCAAUUGCCUGUGCAGUGUUUGCGGCCCUCUUACACUUCUUCUUCUUGGCCGCCUUCACCUGGAUGUUCCUGGAGGGCGUGCAGCUCUACAUCAUGCUGGUGGAGGUGUUCGAGAGCGAGCACUCCCGCAGGAAGUACUUCUACCUGGUGGGCUACGGCAUGCCCGCGCUCAUUGUGGCCGUGUCCGCGGCCGUGGACUACAGGAGUUAUGGCACAGACAAAGUAUGUUGGCUCCGACUUGACACCUACUUCAUUUGGAGUUUUAUAGGACCAGCGACCUUGAUCAUUAUGCUUAAUGUAAUCUUCCUUGGGAUUGCUUUAUAUAAAAUGUUUCAUCAUACUGCCAUUCUGAAACCUGAAUCGGGCUGCCUUGAUAAUAUCAACUAUGAGGAUAACAGACCCUUCAUCAAGUCAUGGGUCAUAGGUGCAAUAGCUCUUCUCUGCCUGCUGGGAUUGACCUGGGCCUUUGGACUCAUGUAUAUCAACGAAAGCACAGUCAUCAUGGCAUAUCUCUUCACUAUUUUCAAUUCUCUACAAGGGAUGUUUAUAUUCAUUUUCCAUUGUGUUCUACAAAAGAAGGUACGAAAAGAGUACGGGAAAUGCCUGCGAACACAUUGUUGUAGUGGCAAAAGUACAGAGAGUUCCAUUGGCUCAGGGAAAACAUCUGGUUCUCGAACUCCUGGACGCUACUCCACAGGCUCGCAGAGCCGAAUUCGUAGAAUGUGGAAUGACACUGUCCGAAAGCAGUCAGAAUCUUCCUUCAUUACUGGAGAUAUAAACAGUUCAGCGUCACUCAACAGAGGAGCCAUGGCUAAUCAUCUUAUAAGCAAUGCUCUGCUUCGUCCGCAUGGUACUAACAAUCCCUAUAACACAUUGCUUGGGGAACCGGCGGUCUGUAACAACCCUUCUGUCAGCAUGUACAACGCACAAGAGCCCUACAGAGAGACAAAGGGGCUUCUGAACAAUGCCAGGGAUACAAGUGUCAUGGAUACUCUACCACUGAAUGGUAACCAUGCCAACAGCUACAGCAUCGCCGGCGGCGAGUACCACCUGAGCAACUGCGUGCAGAUCCUCGACCGCGGCUACACCCACACCGAGACCACGGCCCUGGAGAAGAAGAUCCUGAAGGAACUCACGUCCAACUACAUCCCUUCCUACCUGAACAACCACGAGCGCUCCUCCUGCGAGCAGAGCAGGAACCUGAUGAACAAGCUGGUGAACAACCUGGGCGGCGGCAGCGGCGGCGGUGGCGGCGGGGGCGGCGAGGAGGAUGCCAUCGUCCUGGACGACGCCGCCUCCUUCAGCCACGAGGACGGCCUGGGCCUGGAGCUCAUCCACGAGGAGUCGGACGCCCCCUUGCUGCCCCCUCGGAUGUACUCGGUGGCGGAGAACCACCAGGUCCAGCAGCCGCACCAUUACCCGCGCCGGCGCAUCCCCCAGGACCACAGCGAGAGCUUCUUCCCGCUGCUCACCAACGAGCACACGGAGGAGGAGCUGCCCUCGCCGCCCCGGGACGCCCGCUACACCAGCAUGCCCGCGCUGGCCGGGGCGCCCGCCGCCAACGCCGCCGCCGACGGGGUGCCCGCCGGCACCCAGGCGGAACCCCCGCCGCCCAGGGCGGGCGACGCCGCCGCCGACGACGUGUACUACAAGAGCAUGCCCAACCUGGGCUCCCGCAGCCACGUGCACCAGCUGCACACCUACUACCAGCUGGGGCGCGGCAGCAGCGACGGCUUCAUCGUGCCCCCCAACAAGGACGGGAGCCCCCCGGAGGGCGGCAGCGCCAGGGGACCCGCGCACCUGGUCACGAGCCUAUAGGGGAUGAUGGAUGGGCGCCCCUCCACGUCCCCUCCCCCCCAAACUGCCCACUCCGCCUGGGGGACCGCUCCGCCUUGGGUACCACUCCGCCUGGGGGACCACUUUGCUCCAAGCAGUGGGAAGGAUGCCUACUCCUCAGUCUGGAUGCUGUUCCUGAAUGACAACCGCAGACUGCCUGUCAGACUAUUUUCUUUUCUUUUUUUUUUUCUUUCUUUUUCUUUUUAAACUAGGAUUUUUAGGUCCGCCCAGGGGAGAAAGGGAACUGCUGAACCCCCCAACCCCCUGCGCCCUCUCCUCUCCGGCCCUCCCCCACCCUCUGAUGGGAUGGAGACUUCAUUAUGUUAAUGAACGAGAUAGGAAGCAAAGGCGCUCGCUGUGGCCUUGUUGACCAUGUGGUGUGUGUUCUGACAUCUCUGAUGCUCUGUUACUAGAAUGACAAGGACCUGAUGUUGUUGUUCUGUUUUUGUUUUUUGUUUUUUUGUUUUUUAAAAAAGGCCAGAAGAGUUGUUUGAAAUGAGUAACAAUGCUGCAUCUAGAGUGGAGUGCUGCACAAACAAACAUACGAGCAAAGCAAAAACUGUAUCAUCACCUUAGUGUGUUUUUUUUUUAGUCACGCACAGCCUGGGGUCACCACCGCAGCCGGGGACAGCUGUGGUAUGCAAAAGUCAGACCACACGAUUAAUAACGGAACGGAGGGGAGUUUCUAGAAUUAUAUGCUAGACGCAUAUUUUAUGAUUUGCUGUAUUAACUGAUGAUAAAACUAAUGGCAGAAAAAAAAAUGGAACAAUUUCUAUGUAAUGUACAGAUACUAGCAUUGCACAUAUAGUCUGCUUUCUGUUCCUCCAGAAUUUGAGUCCUGUUAAUGUAGUGCAAAAAAAGAAAAAAAGAGACACAUUUUCUUUUUUCUUUCGUGCUGGUCUUGCAAGUUUGUCUACUAGUAAGAGAGCAAAGUUUCCUUUCUUUCGCUUUUGUUUUCUUUCCUUCAUUUUUUUCUUCUUUUCUUUCCUUUUUUUUUUUUUUUUUUUUUUUUUUUUUUUUUUUUUUUUUUUUUUUUUUUUUUUUUUUUUUUUUUUUUUGCCUAUUUUGUUUAAAAUGUCACCUGGCAAAAAUAAAUAAAUAAAUAAAUAAAAUAAUAAAUAAAUAAAUAAAUGAAACUAUCACUUUAUAAGAAUCAUUUUCUAGUAAUGCAAACAAAUUAUUUUUUACAAAAAAAAUAAAAUAAAUAAAAUUAGACUUCCUUCCUCACUAUAUAUCUUUAUCCAGUCAGAAUAUUUCCAAGAGCAUUUUUGCAAAUUAGAGCAGGACAAACGUUUAUGUUCACGGUGCACAUCUGUUGUAAUGCAAGCAUAUUUGGCAAGUGAUUCAUCACCAUGACAGUAGCUAUGGUUCUAGAAGUCAAGAGAUGUCAAUAGAACUAGUGGGGCUUCUGCAUGUGAAAACAAAAAACAAAAAAAAAUACGGUGUCCCAUCGCAGUGCUGAAUGCUCAGUCUGAUCCCCAUGUGGGCACCUGCACUACUGAUUUUUAAAGGAAAUCCACUCCCUUGUAGUAAGAAUCAAAAGGUCAAGUUAUUUUGAAGUGAUUAAAGAAAAAAAUAAUCUCUUCUGUUUGCUAACAGGAACAUUUAUUUAUUUGACAGGAUUUUAAGUAAUCUAGGAAUACAAGAGGUAAAUUAGCAGCACAUAUAAUUUUCUUUUUGAAUUUACGAUCCAUUUUGUAUGGUCUCAAAGUUGGAUGACCUCAUUACUAAUAUUUGUUGUAAAAGUGAAACUUGUUUGCCAACCAAUAAACAACUGAUUGAGAUUUAGUA